CCAGUAGAGCCACAGGCACGCUCAAUAAAGGGCGCUAGUGUCUGUCAAGUGUCACAGCCGUUCCCUGUCUCCUCAGUAUUGUGACUUAAAUCGGUGAUUUAAUUAGGAAUAACCGUAUUUUUUUCUAGAAUUUGUGCAAACUUUAAGCAAUAAUGACCGACAAGAAAGCGUAUCCCGUGGCACCGCAUCCACCAACAGGUUUUGUUCCGGCCCCAGCUCAACCUGCUACUUAUGGUGGUACGCUUGCAGGUGCAGCACCAUAUGGAGUAUUUCCAAAUCAACCCCAAUUAUAUGCAGCGCAAGGACCACCGCCGCCAACAUAUGAUCAGACUCUCACACAUCCCAUGAUGUAUCAGCCAAUGUAUGGUCAAGGAUAUCCUGGUGGAUACUUGGCAGGUUAUCCUACUGCGUAUGGUCCAUUGCAAUAUUAUCCACCAUUAGCUGCGGCUGCAGCAUAUUAUCCAGCAGCUGCCAUGCAACCUGCACCGGUUAGGCCCACGAUCAUGGUACCCAAUGGAUUCGACGGUACUCGAUUCGAUGGUAUCUCACAGCCUGUUUUGCCACCACCACCACCGGGUGUUGCUGCGAAUGCUGCACAAUUAGCUGCAAUGGCGGGUCACAGUGUGGCCUUGUCGCAAAAGAAAGGCUCGUUCCUAGGAGGAGGAACGGAGGGCGGUUACACCUUUUGGUAAACCUCUAUAACUUUUGUGAAACACUAAGUCUAUCGAAGACAUUAUUGUCGAGAUGAUCCAUGUAGGCAAAUCUGAUUUGUGUUAGAGCUCUAAACUAUUUUCUCAUUGGGAGCAGCUAUGAACUUAGUAUACCAAUUACACGGACCGAUUGUAUGCAAUAAUCUUACGCGAACAGAGAAAUACUUUAACAAGAAGCGUGUAACAUCAUUAAGUAUUAAUAUACGAAUAACGUGUUGUAAUUGUGAUCUCAGAGUAAUCGUCAACGAUCGAUCCGUGUAUUGUAUAAAAAUAAUCGUAAAAUUAAUUAAAUACUAUAAAAGGAAGACUCGUGCGAAAUUCGACAAAGACAAGUAGAUCAAUGAGAUUUCUAAAAUUCAUUAAAAGCCGAAAGCAUCAAGCUGAUAUUUUACGAAAUAAUGUUAGAUAAUUAUUUUUAUUUGCUAUAAAAAGUUAUCUAAACUUAUAUGAUGAAUGUUAAACAAGAUCCAAUGAUGCGUCGUUGGAAAAUUCGUGAAGCGAUCGAGCAAAAUAUUAACGAUUUACUUUAACAUCCUUUACCUCUUAAACAAUAUUUAAUAAAGACGCACAUGUUAGCUAUGUGAAACACAUUUAAAAAUUUCCAAAUAUUUGAAAUAUCUCUUGACUCUAAUUUGCUCGAUUGCAGAAUUUAAUGGCACGUUUGCUCUGACGCACGAGAUAUUCCAAAUGUUUCUUUCUGUUUUUCUUUUUUAUUUUUUAUUUAAAUAAGAAGGUAAAUCGCGUAAAGAGAGAGUAGGGAACACGGUGUUCUUCUUUUUAGAGUUAUCGAGUGAAUACGUGCACACAGCGGAUGCGAGUUGUCUCAUUCGCCUACAGGGAUCGAUAUUCAAAGUGUGUUCUAAGCCUUUUUUAAGCGCGACUUGGUUUCCUGCAAGGUUGGCAGGAGAGCAAAAGGGGGCUACUCGCAUGAUUUCCGUUAUUUUCCACGACCGGUUUUUGUGAUCGUUCCCACUGGCGUUCUAUCUACGGACGACAGAGAGAUGUCGAUCGAUUUUGCAAAGUAGACUCGUAGUUACUUUGCGAAAAAUCGUUGAGUGGCCCUGAUGUGUUUAGGGAAAAAUACCUAAGUGAUAUAUAAGAGCGUAAAUAAACGGAAUGCGUGAGAAUCGUUCGUGAUUGUAAUCGGUGUGCUAUUAUGAUACUGAGUCUUUUAUUUCGCAUACUUUGUUUUUUUGUUUUUCCUCCUUUUUUUUUACGAGGUACUAUUCUUUUCGAUCCUUCAUCGUUAUGUCGCGUAAAUAGUGUAAUCGAUUUUUGGAAUGUGUUACGACGAACGUUGCCCGAGGCUCGAGUGCCAAAAAAAAAGAGACGAUAACGAAGCGAUCGGAGAUUCUCGCGUGUUCGACAACUACAUAGAUACUUACUACUCUACGUAAAAGUACGCACUCUAUUCUUUAAAAUCAGUAGGAAGUCCCUUCCCUCUAGUUGUUUUCAUAUUUCUUUAUUAUUUUUUUUUCUUUUUAAAGUUAUUAUUUAAUGAAAAACGAAAGUCUUGCCCGCGGCGCUCGGAUUUAUUCGCACUGGUCAAUAAAGCUAUUGUUGAAACAGUUACCAUGAAAAAAAAUAUAUAUAUACAAGAUGAUCCAGAUCAUUCUCUAUACUAAAACAUUUUUCUUCGAUCAGGACAAGGAGAACGGUAACGUAAAAGAAUAAUAAGUAAAGGAAACAUAAGAAUUCUAUCUGUUAUCGACAAUCUUACUAUCUUUCUCUCUUUCUUUUUCUAUAAAUAUAUAUAUAAUAUAAUACAUACAUACAUACAUACACACACAUAUGUAAUAAAUAACGUGGCAACUGCUUUCGACGGGAGCUCGCGAAGUUAUAACAGAUUAGUUGUCUCAGCAUUUCAAAGUACAAAUCGAACGCGCGUGGAUGCAGACGAAAAAAUACCUAACGACGCGGUCAAGCUUCGAAGUCAGCCAUAUUAGGCGAGUCUCGCAAUUUAUUACGUCGGUAGCGACGCAGUGAAUUCGUACUGCCGAGAAUGUUAUAAUUAAAUGACGCAAGAUAGUUGAAAAAUUAACAAAACAAAAAAAAAGAAAACGAGAAAAGAAACUCGCGCAAAAGAAACAACAAAAAAUUAAAAAAAAAAAAAAAAGAGAGAAAAAAAAGAAAAACGGGGAACUUUAAGAGAUUAAUACCUUUUUGGAUGAUACGUUUCUUUUUUGUGAAAAAAGAUAGACGAGAAAUUUUCAGAAGAUCCUAGAAGACAAUGGCGGUCAUGCAGCUACGAAACGACUGCUUUGCUCCGCGAUAAUAGCGUAUAGUAAACAGUGUGGGCCUGCUGAAAGGACUCCGCGUGUUCCAUCUGCAGGCACACGAUUAAACACGAUAUUAAUUAAGCAAUGAAGAUCGAAGGAGCUAAUUUACAAUCGGUGAUAGCUUAGGAUAGGACCAAGAGACGCAGUUCUAUUUAGACAUUUUUGAAAUCGAUAUUCCGGCAUACUUGACCAGUACUCUCAUUACGUUUCAGACUGGACUUUUACGAGAAUAGAUAUCGAAAGUGUGUUGUUUUAAACGUCGUGGAUUGUUUUCAUAUCGCUAACUUGAAAAAAUACGAAAACAAACAAAAAGAAAUGAAAAGGACGCUUGAAACGAAUUCUUUGACCUUAGGACGCGAACGAUCUCCUUUUAGUUUGAUGUGAAUUUCUUAUAAUAAUAACGUUAGAAAGAAAUAUUUACAAACAAAGACUCCAAAGUUAAUCCGCUUAGUUACGAAUCCAUAAACAGAGACGCGAUGAAGAAAAACUAUCCACGAUCGUUAAUCAGCAUGUACCUUUAUGUUUUCGUUACUGUUCGUGUAGACAUUCGAUGUGAUAUGAAGCAGCAUAAAUUCAUUUUAUCUUCGCGAAAUUUACUAUUAGACGAUUUCUUGUUCGAAUUGUGUAAUAUGAUCGAGGUCGGUAUUGAUGUACCAUUGCAAAGAGUACAUACUUAUUCGCAGUUGGCCAAAUUUAUAAAGCAAAACUAUAACAGAAUUAGAAUUUUCUUUAUAUCAUUCUAUUCUUUUCUUCUUUACCAGACGUACCUAGGGGAAAAAAAACAAAAAGAAAAAAAAAAGAUAACUGAGAUGUGACUAGCGUUUAACGAAGAGGAAGCGCAUAAUUUCAAUGAAA